AUGCCGGCACUUCGCUCUCUUACGACAGUAACUCUGCUGUCUGCUUGCCUGGCGCAAGCAUGGGCCGGUCCCGCCUUUCACAGACGCACACCUCCAGAGGAGACCCCAGCAGCGGUUGAGGCUCCUCCGGUGGAGAGCAGUUUGCCUCCUGCCGAGGCCGUUCAUACUACCACUCCGGCAGCAGUAGAACAUACUCCUCCAGCAGAACAUACUCCUCCUCCAGCAGCACACACCCCUCCUCCAGCCGAGCACGUCGCGCCCCCGGCUCCUGUCGCCCCGGCCGAGUGCCCCCCACCGCCAGCUCCUGUCGUUGAGGAGAAGCUGAUUACCGUGACCGAACCAGUCCACAUCACUGAGACCGUUCAUAUUACAGUUACUGAGGAAUUGGCUCCUGCUCCUCCAGUCACUGAAACCGUCCACCUAACGGUCACGGAGGUUGCCGAGAAGUUCAUCACCGAGCAGCUACCUCCUCCACCUCCAGUCAAUCAGACAGUCCACCUGACGGUUACGCCACCACCGGUUCAUGUCACGGUGACAGAGGUUGCUGAGAAGUUGAUCACCGAGCAGCUACCUCCCCCACCCCCAGUUACCGAGACCGUCCAUCUCACAAUGACUGAAAUCCAGCAGCUCACGAUAACCGCUGUUCAGACAGAGAUUCAACACCUCACCGCAACGGAGAUUCGGAAUAUCACCGCCACGGAGGUCCAAAAGCUAACUGCGACUGCUACGGAAGUACAACAAGUUGUAGAGACUGCUCUUCAACAUGUCACUAUCACCGAUGUCCAGAACCAGGUCCAACAUGUGACCAUCACUGAGCAACAAGUCAAGGAAGUCACCGUUCCUCAGCACAUCACGGUCACUGAACAGCAGGUCCAGCAUGUCACCAUCACGGAAGUGCAAGAAUGCACUCCUGUUGCUGGAGUGACUGCUGGUGUCCCACCACCGCCGCCUCCAAUGGGUCACGCCCCACCUCCUAUGAGCCACGCCCCUCCUCCCCCAGCUCAUGUCACUGGUGCGUCUCCCCCCUUCAGCACUCUGCCAGGCGUGGUCUGGAGCUACAACCAAAAUUCAGCUAACCCACUCUCAGCCGCUCCCCCGGGUCACGCAAUGCCAAUCCCACCUGGCCAGGUCUUUACCGGCAGCCAUUUCACCACAUGGGCGUCGAUUAUGCCGGGUCUAGCUGCCCUUGCGAAAGGCGACCCCAAUGUGAUCCCGCCUUUCACCGCCCCACGUAUGCCUAUGCCUAUGCCUACAGCAGGCGCCUUCUUUGGGGCAGGCAACAGCACAAAUAACGCUGUUAGCUCCGCUGGUUCCGCUGGCAUCUCAGCCACUGAAGCUGCAACCUCCGCUACAGAAGUUGCUGCAGAAUCUGCUGUCGCCACCAGCGCCGAAUCCUCAGUCACCUCAGAGUCAGUUGCCGCCGCUUCAGAAACCAGUGGAGCCGCUACCUCGGAGACUUCCGAGUCGGCCUCAAGCGCUACCAGCGAGGUCGCCGAGGCCGUGGCAGCCACCACAGAAGCCUCCGCAACCACUACUGAGCCUGCGGCCAAUGCCGUCACAGCCGCCGCGCAGGUCGAUGCCGUCGAGACCACUAUCGACGUCUCGAGCCUGACGAUGAGCAACUACGGCGUGCUGGGCGUUGGCGAGCGCCGCCGACGGAAGGCUCGUUUCGUCGUGCCGAGCGAGGGCUUCAGCACCUGA